AUGGAAAUCACUGAACUUGUCAACAACAAGGAGCGCUUCCGUCGCUUCUACUGCAGUUGGAAGACCUGCGAGAAGGGAUUCAACCGCAAGUCGGACCUUAUCAGACAUUUCCGAAUCCAUACCAAUGAGCGGCCGUAUCCAUGCCCAGCACCUGGCUGCGAGAGGAGUUUCAUCCAAAGAAGUGCAUUGACUGUACAUCUCCGUACGCACACUGGUGAAAAGCCAUACGAGUGCCAAUAUCCUGGAUGCUACAAACGGUUCGCAGAUUCGUCGAGUUUCUCGCGUCAUCGUCGGGUGCAUUUAGGCAAGCGUCCGUAUACAUGCGCUAUUGAAACCUGUCGUAAGAGUUUCUGUCGCAAGGUGGCUUUGAUUCAACAUCACAAGAUCUACCACGAUUCGACGUCCGGGGAGGAAUCCGACGCGUCUUUGGAGGAACUUACCAACACUUCGAAAGACGACAGCCCCAUGACGAGUCCGAUUUCAAUGCCAGAGCAUGUUGAUAACGAUACGACGAGUCCCACGCAAACGAUAGCGGACCGUCAAUCUUCCCCUGACUACAUGCAUCACACGACACGCCAGCUCAAUAAAUCGAAUGAGCUGUUUUACGAGAGCCAAGCCAGUGAGCAAUUGGCAUUCCCGACCAUCCAACCGGAGUACGAGUACGAAGAGCCACAGGGCUUCUAUCAGGACCCUCUCUACUCGAGCUGCAAUGAAGAUGUCGUAUAUCAACGGUCAAAUCCCUCCUGGAACUUCUAUCCGUCUCCCCAGUACUCAACCUGCGGGUGCAACCCACAUCCAGCAAAUGUACCUUGGAGUCCGGCGGUCUUGGCUGGCAACGCAGAGGUCGGCAACGGGGCUGGAUACCUGCUUGCGCAAGAUCACGCGCCUUCCAUGGUCGGCUUCCCUCCAGCUAUUAUACCACGCCAUGCCCAGAAUAUUCAGGAGGCGGAGUGGCCGAGAGGUCAGGUGUGGUACAACGACGGGAUGCAAAUGUCUCCCGAGUUUGGCCCGACCAGAAUGACAGACUCUUACAGAUUCGACUGA